AUUGUAUGAAGAAAGCAUUUUGGACUUUAUUUAUAUAAAAUAGAUCAACGAUUGAUAUGACUUAUGAGCUAACUAAAAUACUGUUUAUGGUGUUCAAAAUCCAGAAAAAUUGUUUGAAAUACACUAAGGGGGUGUAUUCAAUAUAACAUUUAAGGUGAUUUGAUUUCUAAUGGAGUUUUAAAUGAUUUUAAUAAAUUGCAGAAAUUUAGGUAGUUUUUGUUAAACCUCUAGAAUAUGACCUAAAACCAUGAGAUUUGGGUUUUAAUUUUUUUAACUAAAAAACUUCACCCAAACACCUUAAAAUCACUUGAAAACUUUAAAACUUCACAACUUAAAAUAUUUUCAAUAACAAUGAAUUUUAGAGUACUCUACGAAAUGUUAAGUUCAAUAACAGUGGAUUUUAAAUGAGUUUUUAAAAUUUAUGUUUGAAUAACAGUGGAUUUGUCAUUUUAAUACAUAUCACCUAAAACUCUCAGUUGAAUACACUUGAAUACCACUUUUCAUAAAUACACAAUUAAAAAUAUCAUAACAUUUGUGUUUAUGUUUAGUAAUUAUUGUUUAGGGCUUUGUAUUUAUGGGUGUAUUUGAGUUUGUAAACUUCUAUAAAUAAUUUAGGAGGAUUAUUUUUGUCUUUUUCAUAACAAUUUAAAUUAUUUAUGAAAAUAAUUAUCAUUUGAAAAGUAAUGUUUAAUUCAAGAUAAAGUUUUUUUUCCUUUCAAAAAUUAUUGAUUCAUUUUGUAUAUUAAACUAAGUUUUAUUCCAUUGAGAAAAAAAUAUUCCAGGAAACUUCUAAAUACUCAGUUAAACAUUGACACUGUUGGUUGAAUACUGCAUGGAAAGAAAACAUAAUAGUACAAAUCUAUGAAAGAUUAGCUUUGAUCCAAAACUCCCAUAACAUUUAAUUGCGGCACGCAAAGCUGCGGCUACAUCCAAUGAAUUUCGGCCUGCCCAGCUAUAGGCAUGUCCACAUACUAAGUCGAGAGCAGACUAAAGCAAUUCACAUCCAAUUACGAUUAUAAAACUAUGGAAUCCAACACUUCAUUUGGUGUUAUAUGAGUUGUUGGAUUGAAAUGGUGAGUGGGGGCUAAAUUAUUCAUUGAUGCUACUUAAAUAAGUGAUUAAUGACUGUUGCGUGAUCAAAAAAGUAGAUUAUUACUUAUUAGUCAAAUAUAGUUGGCAAACCAAAAAAUUUUAGUCUAUGAUUUCCGCUUAAUCAUCAGUUAUUAAAUCUAAGCUGGAAAAAGGUUCAUAUAAGUUGGAAAAAGUUGAUCAUAAUCAGAAUCUGCGUUUGGAUGAAUCAGAUUGUACCCGACGAAUCCUAAUAGAAAAAUUGAGAUAAUGGGUCGGUCAUUUUAUAAAAGGGAUAAUAAAUUAGACGGCCAUAAACUAAUCUUGGAAUCGGAAACACAAGUUGCAAUGAUAUUAAACUAUUGGCUAUGAACUUAAAAUCACAUUAAAAAUACAGAUUGGAAAAAUAAUGGUUAACAGUUUAGAUUAUGACAACGGAUGAUGCAUAGAGAGAGAAUCUUCCGGCCAAGUAGGGAUUGGUUUGCUGCUGGUCAAAAUUCAUUUUGUUUCCCAAAAUCCCAUGUGCACUUUCUCAUUAGUCAAACUUAAAGAUGUUUAAGAUUGGAAAUAGAAUACCAUUUAGUUUCCUAAACAUUUGAGUCAUACUGAUACUGAUCUUUUUUUCAUUUCAGACAUCCUUUUAUCUCGGUUAUAAAAAUGAUUUUUCAAUUUAUUCAAAGGUGAAAUACUAAUGAUCUAUGAAUAUAGGAGCUGGACAAUGAGUAUCAUUGCAUAAGAGCACAUGUAAUAUAAGUGUGAAGAUUGGUACGUAAUAUUUCUUCUCCUUUAUGAGUAUUGCAUAUAUAUAUUCGGACUAUAUAUAAGUAAAUUUCUUAACGUUUUUAUAAUUUUUAAUAAUAAUUAUUCAAUUUAUAUGGUGUCAUCUUUGUGUUGUAUGAUUGAACCAGAAAUUGUCCCAUGACACCUUUUCGCUUGAUAAGAAGGACGCCAUUCCAUUCGCUAUGAUGAGGAACUUCACCUUUAUAUAACUAUAACAAAAGAGAAACGCAUAAGCCAGAAAAGAAUAUUCAUCAUAGAAUACAAUAGAAAAGGUACUUUUAAUUUCGGUAGAAUAUGUAAUUGAUAACUACGCAUAUUAUAUAUCAAGUUCGUCAUCCUAAAUGGUGGUUUGAGACGAUUAUUGAAAGUGACAGUAGCAUCGUCAAACCAAUUUUAUUUCCUGACAUGCUGUUAACUUAACUAAAGAGGUGGUUUAAUGUGAUAUACUUUGUUAGAAAAUGAUGAUAUAUAUCUUGGUUAUGUAAGUUAAAAAAAAAUAUUGUAAUACAUAUUCAUCAUCGACCUUGACGAAAAGACAGUAUUGAUCCAAGUAAGACAUGUGUAUGUAUGACUUCGUUGGCCCUAGCAAUUUGUUAUCUGAAAAAAACUGAUUUGCCAUUAUCUAGUUUCCCAGUUUUUCCUUUGUUUCAAACCGAUGGUAUAUUAUAUUUGUCUAUUCUAGAUUCACUCUAAGUUCUUUUUAAUAACUACGAUUAAUUCUACGUACCGAAAGAGUUGAAUGGAACGAUUAAUUACACCGAAAGCAUAUUACUACAUAGGUUAUAUGACUUUGUAAAAAGUCUAUACUCUAAUAGUAUUCCUAUUUGAAGUAUGUUUUCUUGUAAAUAUGUUCACUCGUGAGAGUUGCAUGUGAGCUUUAUAAGUAUUUAACAAACUUUCGAACGUAUCCUCACAAAGGCUAGUUACGAAGUUAACAAUAUAGAUGCCUUCAAAAUUAUAUUGUAGGUUACGGUCGUUACAGAAGCAUGAUGAACACUGAAUUAUUCAAAAAUGAUUGAUCGCUAGAUUACUACAAAUUAAAUAAAUGAUCGGUGACCGUGUUCGAAGGGAGAAGAAGAGCGAGCCAGCACGCAGUUUGCAAACCUCACGUGCGUAAGCCUUCUUGCAAGAUUCUUCUUAGGCCAACAUUAUCAGUUAGUCCCUUAAGGGUCCCUAAGGAGGGGGAGGGGCCACAAAACAUCAGGACCGAGGAAAAAAGAAGAGAAAAAGUUCUUAAAUAAGGGACAAAUGAGGUGAGUCCUUGUGAAUCCUUGUACUAUUCAUUUGGGGACCUUCAUCUGGGGACAUAUUGAUAAUGUUGCCCUUAAAUGUUUCUACAUGCUACUCCUACGUUGCUACUCCUGUCGUUUACACAUUCACCCAUUCAACUACUCGCCGUCUCACCUUCGUCACAAAGUCAUUUCUAUUUCCUUUUUUUUUUAAUAAUCUUUUACUCAUUUAUCUAUUCAUAUAGUAGGCUUAGAGUCGCUGAUACGUUUUGACAAAUUUCAUUAAAUUAUUUUCAAAAAAUCAUUAGCCAGUAAUUAAACGUUUUGUAGAAGACUAGUGAUAUCUGAGAACUAUGCAAGAUUUUGACGGAAAGUACUAUGUGAGAUCUGAACGUUAACUAAUUAUUAAUUUAUUUUUGUAUAAAUAUUUUAGUUUUCAAUUUAAUUAUAAAAUUAUUUUGACAAGUUAUAAAAAUUAGAUAUGUAAGAAAUAAAAUUAGACAAAUUUGUAAAUUUUCACUUAUCUUAUUGUUAAAAUUGACAUAUUUAUACUAAUUUAUAUCGAAUUAGACCAAAUUAAAUUGAUUUAAUAUGAUUUAACCGAUUUAUAAAUUAGAUUUAAAGAAAAUUGUUUUGGUUAUAAUUUGCCUUACACCGAUUUUUACAACAUUGGUUAUUUCAUUAUUCCAUAACUUUAAAAUUUUCCUCUACAGUAUAAAACUAUCGUUUCGGUCACUACCAAGGCCGGCGUUUAUUCCGAGAUUGAUAUUGGGAAAAUUAUUAACUACACACGCUAAGAAAGUAUGAUUUGUUUAAUAGAGGUUAGUAAAUGAGGUUAGAAUAAUGAGUUAAUGAGUGACACCAAGUGUACAACUAGACAUCACGAUUGUAUAAUUGUCUCCUACAAGUGAGUCAAAGCUUAGGCUUUUGACCGUAAAUAUUUGCCUUCGACGACAAUCUAUUCCAUUUUGGUUCCCUUCAUUUGUUUUGCUGUACAAAACUAAGCAUUGGUAAUUGAUUAGUAAACUCUUAUUGAGCUCGUUAACUGAAAUUCAGUCAUGGAAAAUACGAAAUAAACCAUUAAUUUAUACCGAGUCAGAAACUGACAGCUGUUUAAUUUAUUUGAGUAUUCAAUUAGAGUUUGACGCAAAUCUCUUCAUAAAUUAUUCAUCAAGGUAAAAUAAUUUUAAAAUGGUAAUUAUCAAAAGCCAAAUGAUAGCGCUCUAAACAGAUAUAACAAAUCAAACCAUACAAAAGGUUGAUGAUUUAUUUCCCAUUACACCAGUUUUAACUUCCGUUGAAUAUCUUUUUCAAAUUUAGUUACUACUUGUUUCAUAAGUAUCACUUAAACAUCUUUUAUGUUUACUAAAAAAUGAUUGCGAUGUACUUAUGUUUUCAUUAACUACAACUAGUUAACCAAUAAUAUUUAAAAUAAAUUUAUUUAUUUUUUUUAUUUUUUUAUCAAAAAAAAAGAAUAUUAAUAAGAUCAAUGCAUUGUGCAAUUAAUAUUUAACUGAAAAUAAUUAUAAAUUGCAUUGAAAUUAUAGAAUGAUAUUUUUUUAUGCAACAAAAAAAAAUAUUAAAAUAAUACUUAUUUAGAAAAAGAAAGAAUAUAUUUUUCUAUUUGACCUUAGUAUAUCAAAAGUUUUUUAAAGAAAAGUCUUGUUGUUUCGGAAAUUGUUUUUGUGACAAAAAAACACUAUUUAGGACGAUUCAAAUAUUUAAAGAUGAUUUUAGAAAGAGUCACCAAAAAAAAAUCACCUUUAUUAUAAAAUAUAUAUUUUAUUUAAUGGUAGAUUUUCUUAUAUUUUAGAUGUUGAUUUAAUUGGUAGUUCACUUUCGGAAUCUCUUGUUUUAAAUAUAUCUUUUGAAAGUAUGUAAUUGUGGUUUUUAUAUGAAGUGUUUUUAAUGUUUUGCAGUAUUUUCUGGUGUCCAUUUUUAACUUCUUCAAAGUACAGUAAGUUUUUUUUUUAAAGCUAAAGUUUUGUUACAUUACUAUUCUACGUUUAAAACAAGAAUUAAUAUUGUAGUUGCACCCAAGAAAAUCAAGAAUUAAUAUUGUUGACUAAUACUCCUUCUGUUUCAAAAUACAUGAAGUUUUAAGAUUAUGCACAAUUAUUAAGAAACUUAUUUUUUAUCUUAAAAAUAUCAUUAAAAUAUAAAUUAAAAGUUAUUCAACCAAUCACAAAACAGACUACAAAAUAUCAUUGGCUACACAGUUUUUGAUAAAGUGAAAAAAUGCAUUGAUAUAUGAAAGCAUCAUCUAUUUUGAAACAUCAAAAACUCCCUAAAAUAUCAUUUAUUUUGAAACGGAUGGAGUAUUAAUAAUGAAAACCCUUUAACAAAAAAAAUUGUUGACAAAUAAUAAAAAGUAAUAUAUUAUACUAUGGAACUAGACCUACCCGUCUUCCACCGCGAAAUUAUUUAAAACAAGAAGAGAGUACAGAGAAAAACGAUUACCGAUCGUUUAGGUAAAAAGUGAUAUCUACUUUUUUAACCUCAUCAAUAAAAAGUUGACUAUAAAUAAACAACAUUACUAUUUCCUCUCAUAUCUCUCCCUUGCCAGACGGCGUUGCCUUACAAAAUCCUGACAAGAGAAACAGAAGGAGAGCUUUCAGACCAUAUAUUAUUUUACCAUUCUACCCUUCAUAACUGAUAACUGCAAACACGGUUUUGUCUUCUUCAUCCUUCUUUGUUUUACAUUUGUAAUUAGUAGUAACAUAAAAUAAAACUCCGACGAAGAGAUAAAUGAUCGACACUGGAAGAUACCUUAUCGGCACCGCCGGUGUUAGCGGCUUCGGCUCGAAAUCCACCGCCGAUGAGGUAACCGAGAACUGCGACCUUCGUUCCACAACAGCGAUAAUCACCGGUGCGACGUCGGGGAUCGGAGCAGAGACGGCGAGAGUGCUGGCGAAACGUGGAGCGAGGUUGAUAUUUCCGGCGAGGAACGUGAAAGCGGCGGAGGAAGCGAAAGGGAGGAUCGUCUCUGAGUUUCCGGGGACGGAGAUCGUCGUAAUGGAGCUUGAUCUCAGCUCUAUGUCUUCCGUACGGAGCUUCGUCGCCGGUUUUGAAUCUCUCCAUCUGCCUCUCAACCUUCUCAUAAACAACGCAGGCAGAUUGGCACAUGAACAUGCAAUAUCAGAAGAUGGGAUCGAGAUGACCUUUGCCACUAAUUAUCUUGGCCAUUUUCUCUUGACCAACCUGUUACUGAAGAAGAUGAUCCAAACGGCAGAAGAAACCGGAGUUCAAGGAAGGAUCGUUAAUGUCACGUCCGGUAUUCACGGUUGGUUUACCGGCGACUUGAUUGAAUAUCUCCGGCUUAUUUCCCAACCUAAGUGUCAAUUCGAUGCGACACGUGCGUAUGCUCUCUCGAAGCUUGCCAACGUUUUGCAUACCAAGGAGCUCUCUUCUAGACUCCAGAAAAUUGGAGCGAACGUGACGGUUAACUGCGUACACCCAGGGGUUGUAAAAACCCGGUUAACAAGAGACCGGGAAGGCUUAUUGACAGAUCUCGUCUUCUUCCUGACAUCCAAGCUUCUUAAGACCGUUCCUCAAGCAGCAGCAACGACGUGUUAUGUGGCAACGAAUCCAAGGUUGGUGAAUGUAUCGGGAAAGUACUUUACGGACUGCAAUGAAACGACACCGUCUGGACUCGGAUCUAACUCCUCGGAAGCUACCAAGUUAUGGGCUGCUUCUGAGAUUCUGGUAACUCAACAUCCGAAGGCCGCUUUCGACCCAUUUAGCUAAAGAAAAACUGAACUAAAUAUCUUAUUUUAUAUUCCCGUAGGAAAAAGAUAUAAAUCUAAUUAGCUAAGAAAAAAUAUUAUGAAGUUCAGUUAAUCCUCCGAACUUAUACUGGUAUCAAUCUCUUAACCAUAUGUAGAUGAUAUAUAUACUAGUUUUCUAUUCUAUAGUACUAAUGCGAAACUGAUGUACUUUAUAUAGUAUUUGUUUAUACUAAUCUAAAUGAUAUGAAAAUUAAUAUACUGAACUUCUUUUUCAUAGUUCUUUUUUCUUUGAUUAAUUAAAGAAAGAAAUCAUAUAUGAUGUAAAGCUCAACUUGGGCUAUUAUACUAGCCUUAAUAUAUUAAAAGAUAAGUGGAAAAUCAUAUAAUGUCAAUCAUUAGUUUUCGAAAGUGCUCCGAAGUUAUGCUCAUAGUUUGAUUGACAUAAUUCUUGUGAUUAACACAUUUGGACUGAUCUGAUAGAUCUCUCUUUCAUUUUACUAAAAUAAUCUUUUUGACAUUGACUAUUUCGUAUGUCCAUGUGAGGUACCAAAAAAAAGCCCUGGCUUUCCCAUCACUUUUGGUAGUACGUGGGUGUGAUAUUAUUUGAAUGUUGAUUUAUAAUAAUAUUUGUUUAUACAAAACUAUACUAUUUGAUUAUAAAGCCUAAACAAAAUAUGGAUGUGGUUGAAGAAAUUAACAAAAGAAAGAAAAAUUAAAAAAAAAACAAGAUGUAAAGGGGGAGAAAAAUAUAGAUGAGAAUCGGUCAGAUUAGGGACUUCAAGAUUUAGGUCCAUAUAAAAUGACGCAUGAUAAUACUUUUACGCAUGUGUCUCCAUCUCUUUUCUUUUUCUUUCUAUAAAAGAGACCCUACUAACAUGCGCCAGGGGUUUUCACUUCUUAAAAAGACACUCUCGUGCGUCAUCAAAUUGCUCUGUCCUUAUCGAGUUUUAAUCAUUACAAAAAUUAAAGAAGAAAAGGGCGAAGGUUGGUUCAAAAAAGAGAGAGAGCUUCCAACUUAAACAAUGCACGUACAAAAUGUACACACUCAGUUAGUUAUAAGACCACCUUAGUGUUAUGAUAUUCAGGCAAACAUGUAAAUGUGCGUGAGUUUUUAUCAUUGUUCACGUAUUUUAAGUGUAUGUGUAUGUACUACGUAGUAGCUUGCGCAAUGCACGGGUGCUUGUGCUUAAUCCAGAUUGGUUGAUCUUUCAUUUUUUUGUACUAUUGGGUAUUUUAUUCGUUGAUUUGCUUGGUCGUAAAAUGAAGAGAAAUUGGGAACCCCCCUAUUAUUCGAAACUUAAGUUUUGGGCUGAUCUAUAAAACACUAUUUCCUAACCUAGGUGGCUAUAAUCUAUUAUGGGCUUAAGGACUAAUAUUUAGUAAACUAUUACAAGCCCAAUGAGUAUUAAACCGUUGUGGAUUCAUUUUCUCCAAGCUACCGUCGUAAUAAUAUCAAGAUGAUUACGGAUUAUAGAACUCUCUACAGAAAAUGGACUCGUGGAAUUAAUCUUUUCCUCAUUACGCUGAUAGUAAUAACCGAUUUACGCUAACCAGCACAAAUAUGAUACACUAUAUACAAACUCUCAAAUUUUAAUAGAAUCUUACAAGUACAGAAUCCAUAUCUCCCAGUUAAAGUGUCUUGUUUUGAAAGAACGCUAUGAUAUUACGAUAUAGGACCAUAAAUUGUGGAAGAGAACAUCUAGAAACAUAUAAAAGAUCAUGUAGACUAGUUGCACGAAACCCACAAAGCCGGCCUUGGAAUUUUGGAGGCUAUAGACGGUUUAUAAAAGAUUUCUAUAAUUUGAGGACUUAAAUUUUUUAUACAAAUUUAGAAACUUAUUUAUAUAUAAUUUUUUUCAAAAAAUUUGAAGGUUCGAGGCGAAUUUUUCAUCCGACUUGUCUUAUCCGACUUAGACAAAGACCGGUCCUAUUAGUGAGUACACCAUGACCGGCAUAAAAAAAUCUGGAAACAUAGUUCCCAUGUACCCAUAUCCGAUCUAUACGAGCUAUCAAACAUUUUAUAUAAUCCAACUGAAAAGGCAUAGCUUAGCUCCAAGUAUUCAACAAAGAAGAUACACAGGUAAAAGUUAUGAUGUUGAGGAUUUGCAUUUGGAUAACAAGUUGUUCAGGUGCGGGUUUGUCCACAAGCGCUGACAUGGACCGCACUUUCAAAUAUGCUAUCCACGCACUUCAUGGGACCCAAAAGUAAAUCCAACGGUUCAGAUUCGGUGGACCUUUUCGUCGGCCAGAAUUAUCAGCAAAGGCACGCGUAUGAGGAAACGCGGGACCCAACUCCACCGGCCACAAUUCGUAAUUACCGUUCAUUAAUCAGCACCGGUCAACUCAAGUUACGACACUUGUCACCAUCUAUGAUACUGAUUUAACAAUUGAAAUUAAUAUUUUAUUUACCGCAUAAGUUAAUUUAAUUGGAGGUGUUUAAAAAAAAGAGAAGUUAAUUUAAUUGGAGCAAAAGAUAAUUUUAAUUUGACAACAAAUUUAAGGAAGAAAAUUUAUACUGGAUACUAAUUUUAUUGUAGUAAUUACCCUUUGAUUUAAUGUAUUUGGUAACUUCAUUGGUGAUGAGAAUAUAACAAAUACUGAAAUAAGAGAGCGUGGAACAUGGAGUGAAGGAAAUUAGGUGUUCCUGAGCUGUUUUGUACACUUAGAUAGCUCACGUGGCGAUGACACACAGGCCAUGUUAAUCUGGGACCCCGACUAAUCGAACACACUGUCAUGAUUACCGUCCUUGGGAGUAGAUGGGGACUGUCCAAUGAAAUCGGUUUUAACUCGUGCGAUACAGGUUAUUAUAGCCUAAUUGGAAUCUUAAGACACACGUGAAAGACGGAUAAUAAUAAGUGUAUGAAUAACACAUAUGAGCUUUUUAAUCUGGGGCAUGUGAAACCUUUAAGGGCGUAUUUGGCUCUAUAUUCUUAACAUUCUACACAUAAUAUUUGUGUUUUUAAUUAUUUGUACGCAAGUGUCAAGAAGGAUGUUGUAUGAAAUGUGUUCAUUUUGUUUUGUUUGAUUUUAAAAAUAAAGUCUAUUCGUCAGUGGAUGGUCAACUUAUUAUGUACUUGAGUUUUAAUUCCACCGUACAAUUAUGAUACUAAUAAAUAAACUUUAUAUCGUGAUAAAAAGUUUAUACCUUUUAUAGCUCUUAGAACUUUUUUAAAAAAUUCUUGAGUUUGAUAAUUGUUUUAUAAAGAUAGUUCUUCUAACACGAUAGUUAGAAAAGAAUGACACAGAAAUCUCCAUGCAUAACGCUUUUGCCUUUAAAAAGAAAGAAAAAAUAUUAGAUGAUAAAACAAAAUUACAGUAGAGAAAAAGUAUUACAUUCUGUUAUGCUAUGAUGCAGCAUACUAGUUGCACUGAUGCAUUGUACUUGUAAAGUAAUAUGCUACUAGAAAUUGAUCCGUGCGACCGAACAGAUGUUUAUGUAACGAUUUAUGUAUAUCAUAUAUUUUGUUACUGUAUCGUGUUAUAUAUAUAUAUAUUUAUUAAAUAUCAGUUGGAACAGUUAUGUAACUAUACAAAAAGAUUGGAUGUUUUAUAUAUAUAUAUAUAUAUAUAUAUUAAUAUACUAUGUUAGAUCAAAUUUAUAUUGACAUUUAUUUCAUAUUUAAUUGUAUGAUUGAAAUGUAUUAUUAGUAUAUUAUGUGUUUGGAUUAAACUAAAAAUAAGUUACAACUAUUCUAAAAAUCCAAUUGGACGGGACAUAAAUUGACCCGUCUAUUUUAACUAAAAUCAUGGGAAUAAAGUUAAUUUUAUAUUCAAAAUAUGAAGGUGACAUUGAUGGAAUAUUCAUUUUUUAUUAAAAAAAUUGAUGAUAAUAUUCCAAAAAUUUAUAAUAAAGAAGUUUAAAA